CUGAAGAGCAGAGGGAGUGAGAGAGAGAGAGGAAGAGAGCGAGAGUGCUGGAGAGAGUGGACCGUAGAGGCAGUUUACUCUGUUUGAAAAGCUCAUGAAAAGUGGCACAGCUGCCCAAGCAGGUUCACAGCGGGGUGAUCCAGAGAUCACAGAUGUCUCUGCUCCUCUCUCACCAGUGGGCGAAAAGGCAGAAAAGUGAAGACAUGAGUGAGACAUUACUGCAGCAUGCACUUUUGGAUGUGAAGAUUGAGUGAAGUGAAGAUUUACUUGUGAAACUAUAUCACACAAAGAGGAAGUUAUACUGUGAACCUAAACAGCAAAUAUUCAAUGCUUAUUCAACACCCUGUAUCAAAAUGUAGACCAUUCUUCGUCAACUGGAAACGAGUAAGCCGAGAUCAUGAUAUCUGACUCACAGAGACACCGAGGGAGAUGACGCUUACCCACGAAGAACUCAAGAUAACUUCAAGUGCGGAGCUCCAGGCAGGACUCUCACAGUGAUAAACGAACCCACAAGAACCAAGGCUGAAGAAACGGAAUGUGACAAACUCCACUCUGAUUGUGACUUGACUCCGAAGGCGUAGGCACACGCACAAGCCCACACCAGGGGGGAGGGGGGAGGGGGAUUCCCAGACGAGCGAGAGGAUCACAUGAGACCUGGGGAGCCCUGCAGUCGCUUUACUCUGCUCGAUACAUACUGCAGCCAGAGCGGGUAGUUGUCCAUGGCACAGCGUGUGCCCCCCACCCCCAACUCUGGCAUGAGUGGAGGUGUGUGGCGGAGGUGAAGACGAGAGCGGAGAGAGAUGUCGCUCAGCGAGAGAGGGAGCCUUCCCCAGGAGGGGACGCUGGCGAGUGCUGAGCGCAGGAACACGCGCGUCAAGAGGGCCGUCCGCAUCUCCAGCAUAGUCGCCCAGGAGGUCCUCUCCCUCGGUGCUGACGUGCUACCUGAAUACAAGCUCCAGGCCCCACGGAUCCACAAAUGGACCAUCCUGCACUACAGCCCCUUCAAGGCGGUGUGGGACUGGGUCAUCCUGCUGCUGGUCAUCUACACGGCCAUCUUCACGCCCUACUCGGCGGCCUUCCUCCUGAGCGAUGCGGAGGAGGCCGCCAUGCAGCACUGUGGCUACUCCUGCAGCCCGCUCAAUGUGGUGGACCUCAUCGUGGACAUUCUCUUCAUCCUGGACAUCAUCAUCAACUUCCGCACAACGUAUGUCAACAGCAAUGAUGAGGUGGUGAGCCACCCGGUUCGCAUUGCUGUGCACUACUUCAAGGGCUGGUUCCUUAUCGACCUGGUGGCAGCCAUCCCCUUCGACCUGCUCAUCUACCGGUCAGGGGAAGAGACAACAACCCUUAUCGGGCUACUGAAAACUGCCCGGUUGCUGCGGCUGGUGCGAGUGGCCCGUAAGCUGGACCGUUACUCCGAGUACGGCGCGGCCGUCCUUUUCCUGCUCAUGUGCACCUUCGCGCUGAUCGCCCACUGGCUGGCCUGCAUCUGGUACGCCAUUGGCAACGUGGAGCGUAAUGGCGCCGCCCGCAUUGGCUGGUUGGACACGCUGGGCGAUUCGCUGGGGAAGCCCUACAACCACAGUAUUCCCGGCUCGGGCCCGUCCAUCAAGGACAAGUAUGUGACAGCGCUCUACUUCACCUUCAGCAGCCUGACCAGUGUGGGCUUCGGCAACGUCUCGCCCAACACCAACUCCGAGAAGAUCUUUUCCAUCUGUGUCAUGCUCAUUGGCUCGUUGAUGUAUGCCAGCAUUUUCGGGAACGUUUCAGCCAUCAUCCAGCGGCUUUACUCUGGAACCGCGCGGUACCACGCCCAGAUGAUGAGGGUGCGAGAGUUCAUCCGCUUCCACCAGAUCCCCAACCCACUGCGCCAGAGACUGGAGGAAUACUUCCAGCACGCCUGGUCCUACACCAAUGGCAUAGACAUGAAUGCAGUGCUGAAGGGCUUCCCUGAAUGCCUCCAGGCCGACAUCUGCCUGCACCUGAACCGCACCCUGCUGCAGAGCUGCAAGGCUUUCAAGGGCUCCACCCAGGGCUGCCUGCGUGCUCUGGCCAUGAGGUUCAAGACCACCCACGCUCCUCCAGGGGACACGCUGGUCCACGCCGGCGACGUCAUCUCCGCGCUCUACUUCAUCUCGCGCGGCUCCAUCGAAAUCCUCCGUGACGACGUGGUGGUGGCCAUUCUGGGGAAGAAUGACAUCUUUGGGGAGCCCAUAAACUUGUACACCAGACCGGGGAAGUCCACUGCAGAUGUCCGAGCGCUGACCUACUGCGACCUGCACAAGAUCCAGAGGGAGGAUGUCCAGGAUGUUCUGAACAUGUACCCAGAGUUUUCAGACUGUUUCUGGAGCAACCUGGAAAUCACUUUUAACUUGCGUGAUACCAACAUGGUUGUGAGUUCAGGAAGCAGUGAUGACUCAGACAGCAAUAGUCCCACUCACAACUAUAGCAGGAAUAAGUAUUCCUUAUAUUGCAAGAAUCGCAAAGCAUCAGAUCCAAGCAGCCCGGGGGCUUCUCCACACUCCCAGAGAAACGCUCGCCACGCGGCCCAUCAAAGCAGCCAGUGCCCCGGAGACCAGCCCAAGUCCCAGGUCAAAGGGCACGGUGGGCCCAGCUCUUUUCCUCAUGGCUCCAGUAGCGAUGACGAGGAGGAAGAGGAGUCCGUGUUGACGUUCCCCUCCCAGAGCCAGUCCACUCCGCUGACCAUGAGUGACCCUGCGGAGCUGGAGAAGGAGAAUAGCAGCAACAGCUGUAACGCCCUGUCAGGGGCUUUCUCAGGGGUGUCCAACAUCUUCAGCUUCUGGGGGGAGAACCGCAGCCCUCAGUACCAGGAGGUUCCCAGCCGCAGCCUGACUGCGCCCCCUGCCCCUCCGUCCAGCGCCCUCCUGCACGGCUACACACGCCGCCAGCGCAGCCAAGUAGAGAACCGGCUGGAGCUGUUGCAGCGUCAGCUCAACAGGCUGGAAACGCGCAUGUCAACAGACAUUGGGGCCAUCAUGCAGCUGCUGCAGAGACAGAUGGCUGUAGUUCCCCCCUCAUACAGCUCAGUGUCAUCACCAUCUCAGAUCCUGGCCACCCCUCCCACACUGGACCAGAGUAUGAUGCAUUUUGUCCCUGUGCGGGACACAGAGAGACAGGUUUUAGCACAGCAAGAACUCCAUGGGGGGUCUUCUAAUCCUUCUGAUGUUGGUGCGGCUAUGCAACUACAGACGUCUGUACUUCCUCCUCAAGAUCUACCAAAGAAUCAGGCCCUGAACCACAGUAUCUUUGGAAUCCACCAAGAAAGUGAUAUUAACUUGAACCGCCUGGAUGUAACACCGGACAUCAAUUCAGAGAGUAUAUCAAUAAAUGUAUACGACCCUAUAGAGAGUCAAGCCCAAAGCCUAGCUAAUGACUCGGAGCAUAUACCCAUGGACUGCUACCCUUUUGGCCCCCAGGCAGAAUUGGGGUCAGAGACAAGGUCAGCCUGCUCAAGCCUGUCCGGAUAUCAAAGGCGGCUCUCUUUGCCAGGUCAGCAGUCUGUCCUGGAUGACCCCAGUGGCCCUCAGAGGCAUGCCUCGGACCCAGGGAGUUAGGACGUGGAUCUGCUGGGCAACUCACUAUUUUGGGCAUAUCUGUGGAAACUAAAGCCAUCAACAAGAGUGUUCACUGAUCACAAUGUACGUUAGCCAUAAGUUGUAAUGAAAGCAGGACAGAGUCACUGCUGACACUGAUGGCCCUGUGUGAGUGGAGCUAGUCUUGUGGUGUCAGAUGUAGGUGUUAGCAGGUCUAACACAAUCACUGUGUUGUGCUCUGUGAUGUAAUUCUCAUGAUAGCUAUGUUUUAAUUGUCAUUAUUUAGUUGGGUGUUUUGAUGCUGUAUGAAGAACAUAUCCCAUUCACAUUUUGUCCUGUGAAUGGAUCAAUGCAACAAGCCACAAGGCCAGCACCUUGUGAACUCUUCCAUUCUCUCUGAAAACUAAUGUGAUAACUUUUACCGGUAUGCCGCACAGAAAGUUCUAUCAUUUGCCCUUCAAAGUAUCAGAGGGUACAUUCACACUGCAUUUUCCAUCAGUUUAAAAUGAGAAAUGUGAGUAAAGUGGAAAUUACUUAACAUGUGUCUGAUUUAGACAGCAAACUCUCUUAUAAUUCUCUUAUGAUUCACUUGUUGACAAAAAAGUUGCUGUCAGAAAAUAAUAUGUAGAUAUGCAUUCUGACUGAAAGGCCACAAUUAGAAUAAUUGAAUUGUACAUUUGACCAAAGCUAAAUAUAUAGUAUAAUAUGAUACUCAGCUAUAGCAUGUUUAGAGGGCACUCUAACAUUGCAAGCAUAAACUUUCUUGAGAAUAAUUACUGUUAUAAUAUAGUUGUACAUGUGUCAUAGAAUGUUAUGCAAUAUACAGUAUAAGUAGAGUAUUUAUUGAUUAAAUAAAAUGUAGGUAACAAAUUUAAAUACCUGAAAAUAACUUAUUUGCAUCCUUGAAAUAAAUGAAUUUAUGAACAUGAUUUUCUUGUAAUAUGUAUGA